AUGUCUGCGACACCUUACGGACGAUACCCAUGCUUUGACAGCUCACAACGGCCGCUGCAUGUUCUCGUCUCUGGAGCUGGCCCGUCGGGCAUAGCUAUGGCCAUUGAGCUCAAAAAGCUGCCCAACGUCACCUUCCAUGUUUUUGAGAAGAACCGCGACGUAGGAGGGACCUGGCUGGAAAACAGGUAUCCAGGAGCUGCCUGCGAUAUUGCCAGUCAUGCGUACCAAUACACGUUCCAGUCUAAAACAGACUGGUCCACACAUUUUGCUCCGGCAGAUGAGAUCGGGCAGUACUUUACCUCAGUGGCCAAGACCUACGAUAUUUACCCGUUUAUUUCAUUCAACUCUCGAGUAGUGUCGGCAAAAUGGCACGAGGAAAGGGCAAAAUGGCAGCUAGAAGUUGCCAGCGUCCUCGAUGACUCGAAACCAGAAACUUUCGAGGGAGAUGUGUUCAUCAAUGCAGGGGGGGUUCUGAAUGACUGGAAAUGGCCGGAUAUUGAAGGGCUGGGGAACUUCCAAGGCAAUUUGAUACACACUGCUGCGUGGGACGACAAAGUAGACCUAACCGACAAGUCUGUUGCCAUCAUCGGGUCUGGCGCCACCAGUGUUCAAGUUGUGCCCAGCAUCCAGCCCGCGGCCAAACAACUCACCGUCUAUGUGAGGUCGCCCACCUAUAUCUUGCCCACUGUUGGAUUCGGAGUUGAGUCUUCAACUUUCAAUGAGCAUUACUCGGAAUCCCAAAUCCAAAGGUUCGCCAGCGACCCAGCCUAUUACAAAGAGUUUCGGAAGGGUAUCGAGCAGCAAAUGAACGAGAACUUCAUUGCUAGCGUGAAGAGUUCUAAAGAACAGGCGGAGGGGCGGAAAUGGGCGGAGACGAUGAUGAGGCAGGCCAUAGGCUCUCCAGAAUUACAAGAGAAGCUUAUUCCAAGUUGGGAACUCGGCUGCCGACGACUUACACCGGGACGUCCGUAUCUCGACGCGGUGCAGAAGGCCAACGUCGACAUCAUUCGAACGGCGAUCAAGAGGGUCACCAAGAUCGGCAUAGAGACGAUAGACGGCCAAGUACACGAGGCGGAUAUCAUCGUCUGCGCAACAGGGUUCAACACCUCCUUCUCCUCGCGAUAUGACAUUACUGGGCGACAUGGGUGCAGCUUGCGAUCUCUUUGGCAGAACCGUGGCCCAGAGGCAUAUCUUGGGCUGGCAAUUGCAGGGCUGCCCAAUUAUUUCACUCUUCUCGGCCCCAAUUGUCCGAUAGCCAAUGGCUCCCUAAUCCCUUGCAUUGAGUGGAGUGUGCAGUAUAUCAUUCAGGCCCUCUUGAAGAUUCAGACGGAGCAGAUCAAGACACUCGACGUGAAGAAGGCUAUGCAAAUCCAUUUCAACGAGUACGCGCAGAAUGUGCACCAGGACCUGGUCUGGACCGGACAGUGCAAUAGCUGGUACAAGGAUAAAGCCAGCGGCCGAGUCACUGCAGUUUGGCCGGGUUCCAGUAUCCACUAUAUGGAGAUGACGAGGUCCCCACGAUGGGAAGACUAUGAUAUUGAAUAUGUCCAUCCCAACCCAUUCAUGUUCAUGGGAAAUGGGAUAUCCCAGCGGGAAGCGAAAAAUGAAGACCUCACGUUCUGUAAGAGACACUAA